ACAUGAACGAUAAGCCAAUCAGUCGAGUAUGUUUGCAUCUGAAUUAUUUCGCGAAAAUAUCUUUAGAAAAUGGACGUGCGAUAACAUGAUCUUGAUAUCUAUAACCGAAUGAUAAUAAAUUGCCUAACAAUAAAUAAAAAUAAAAAAAAGAAUCAAGUGCACACACUUUUUUAUGAAUAAAAUGAGUACAUAGUGAAGUGUUUGUUUAAUAUUGUGUUAUUUAUUUUAUAAACAGUGUAUUCUUUGAUAUAUUUAUUGAACUCAAGAGCUACAAAAUGACCCAGAAUAAUAAGGUGCAAUAUUGGGCGGCAUUCGCAGUGGCAAUAGCAACUAUGGCGACGAGUACUGCCUACUUCUGGACCGCUCCUAUCUUGCCAAAGAUUCAUAAUAAGGAAAUAAGCCUUAAUCUUACAAGUAGUGAGAUCUCAUGGGUUGUUUCGAUGAUAGCACCAGGCAUGGUUACUGGCAGCCUGGUCGCCAGCUCAAUCUCUGACAAAUUUGGCAGACGAGCCACUCUCUUAUCCAGCGCUGCACCUUUUGUUAUUGGGACAGUUUUCGUGGUAUAUGCUCUGAACACAUGGUUGCUGUACUUCGGCCGAUUCUUGUGGGGAAAUGGAACUGGUAUGAUUACAACGGUCUCCAGUGUGUACUUAUCAGAAAUAGCGGAUAAGGACAUAAGAGGUACAUUGACAGCUGGCACUAGGUUCAUGUUCAGUUUCGGAGCCCUAGUGGUGCUGGCCGUAGGUUCUUUCGUGAGCUAUCAAGUCCUGAGUUGUUUUAUGAUCGUGCUGCCACUAUGCUACUUCAUCGCCUGUUGGAAAAUACCUGAAUCUCCGUACUAUUUGCUUAAAGAAGGGAAGGUAGAUGAAGCCAGAAAAGAGCUUGUAAGACUAACUGGAAUGAAAAAUGAAAAGAUGUUAGAAGAAAAGUUGUCAAUGAUGAGAUCUGACGUAAGGAAAGAAAUGCUACGAUCUAGUUCAGUAAAGGAACUCCUAACUGGCAAGCAAUAUAGAAAAGCAGUCAUUGUGACUACUGGACUCAGAGUUACUCAACUGAUGGCAGGCAGUAUACCAAUUCAGCAAUACUUGGGACGAAUCAUUCAACAAAGCAACUGCGGCUUAGAAGUUUCAACAGCACUCAUUAUUUUCGGAGCAAUACGUUUUGCAGUAGGUUUGGUAUCACCUGUUAUAGUCGACAAGAUUGGCCGUCGGCCAUUGCUCAUAUACACUUACAUAGGAUCUAGUAUUAUGCUUGGAAUGGUUGGAACAUACUUCUUCAUACAAAAAGUUGUUGGAAUCGAAAAUGAGUCGUCAAAUCCUUUCCGUUUUGUCGUUUUUAUAGGAAUAGUCUGCUCUAUAGUGAUAUCAAGUAUGGGUUUCGAUACUCUAAUCUUUAUUAUUCCUUCUGAAAUAUUUCCCAUCAACGUAAGGUCUGUUGCAAUGACUGUGUUGAACAUUUUCACGGCGGUAGUGACUUUCGUAGCAGUAAAGGGCUAUCAGAUAAUGGAGGAUUGGACGGGACUGUAUGGUGUAUUCUGGUUUUACGGUCUCACGGCUUUUAGUGGAGCCGUGUUCACAUACUUUGUUGUUCCCGAAACAAAAGGGAAAAGUUUAAGAGAAAUACAGAUAGAAUUACAGGGAAAUAUUUACGAUGAUGAUGCUGAUGAUGCUUUGAAGAAAGAACUUGAGCCUGAGGAGAAUGUUAAAGAAAACAAUGAGUUAAAAGAACUUGCAUGAGAAUGGUUAAUAUAUACAAAUGUCAGACUCGUUUAUAAAGAACGUUGUACUGUGUCAAAUUGUUACUAUCACAGUAGGUAAUCGACAAUAGAAAGACUGAACUGAAUGCCUCAAAUUGUUGGUUUAGAGAUAUGAAGAUAAACCCGAUGUACUCAUUUAACUGUUAACAAGUUUUACUAAGUCACGGAAAACCCCAAUUAAAAUACUUACAUACUA